AUGGACGAAGACGGAGAGAAACGUGUCCGAGCGAAACGAUCCGGUGAAGUUGAUUGGAUAAGCGAUUUGCCAGAUUGCUUGCUAUUUCAGGUACUCUCGAAUCUCCCCACGAAGGAUGUGGUUAAGACUAGUGUGUUAUCCACUAGAUGGAUAAAUCUCUGGAAAUACGUACCUGUAUUGGAUUUAGGGAUUGGUGAUUUUCCGGAUUACAACACAUUCGUGGGCUUUGUCGAUGGCUUUCUGGAUUUCAACAGUGAAUCGCCCUUGGAAAAGUUUAAGCUAAAGUACGACUGUGAUGACGCUGAAGCUAAUCUUAUCAGCCGGUGGAUCAACUCUGUUGUUACUCGGAAAGUGAAACAUAUCGAUGUUUUGGAUGAUUCUUCUGGAAGUUGGGAUUUUCAGUUGCCUGCAACGCUCUACACUUGUGAGAGCUUGGUUUCGUUAAAGCUCUGUGGACUAACUUUGCCUAGCCCCAAGUUUGUGUCUUUACCUUCUCUCAAAGCUAUGGAUUUGAUUAUAGCUAAGUUUGCCGACGAAUUGGCGUUAGAAACGCUGAUUUCUCUCUGCCCAGUUCUCGAAAGUUUAGCGAUUGAGAGGUGUUUUUGUGAUGAUAUUGAAGUUUUGCGUGUGAGUUCUCAGUCUCUAUUGAGCUUCACUCAUGUUGCGGACAGUUCUCAGCAUUUGGAUGAAGAUUUAGUACUUGCAAUUGAUGCUCCUAGGCUUGAGUAUCUGAUGCUCAGUGAUUAUCGAGUUGCAAGUUUUGUAGUAAAGAAUCCGGCUUCCCUCGUAAAAAGCGGAUAUUGA